CUCUACCAGAAUUUAGGUGGAUUGUUAUUUCUUGCACAGAGCCCCGGUGUUCCUUCUUGGGACCUCGCUCGGUUAUCUAUCUAUCUUCAAAGCGCCUAUGUGACACUUGCAUGAUGUCAUUCAUGGAUGUGAUAUCGAUGAAUGCAGGAAAGGGUUGAUACGAGGAGAGAGACCCACACGGUGUAACCGCGAGGUAGAGGGACCAUCGUCUUUCUGUCUCGGACACCCAAGACUCUAACAACAAACAUGUCUGGACAACCACUACCCGCCGCGGGGUUCCCGCGAUCGAAGACCUCUGUUCCGCCAGUUCGCAAGUUUUCAAGGCUGGUACCACGGACCAGAAGCAAAGAUUUUUACUGGGAGAUCUGCAUCUUCCUCGUCGAAGGUGUCUUAUUCCGUGUGCCAAAACAUCAAUUCACCAAGAACUCGGAGACGUUCAGAACCAUGUUCACGUUGCCGCAGACUGCGACCGACACCGUCGAAGGCGAUACAGACGAUAAACCUAUCCUACUGCAAGGUGUCAGUAAGGUAGACUUUGAGCGACUGCUCAAAUUCAUGUUCCCUCGGAACGAGCUGUCUCCAUCUGAACCUUUAUCGCCCGAGGAAUGGCUAUCAAUCUUAAAGCUCUCGACGAUGUGGGAGAUGACCGAAAUACGCAACACUGCUAUUUCACACAUCAUGGAGCGCCCACUGGAGAUUGAUGCAACAGAGCGAAUUUCCCUAGGCACAAAAUACGAUGUGUCUACGCUGGUGACCUCUGGAAUCGUUAGUCCGGUCAACCAACAGGAAGGAGUAUCCGAAAAGCAGACGGAAGUUCUUGGUUAUGAAAUGGCAUUACGUAUACAAAGUAUACGGGUUAAGCUGCUGGAGAAGCUGAGGAGUUUUACGGUGUUUCCAGAUAUCCAAGUGCGCAUUACGGCAAGAGACGUUUUUCAUGGGGAGUGGCCCUUUUUGGAGCCGGUGGAAGAGGUGCCUAUGAUUGCGUUGGGAAGGUUGGAACCGUCGGAUAGACGGAGGGCGCCCCGGAAGCCUGGGCUUCCCUGGGCCUCCCUGGGCCUCCCUGGUCGCUCGUAGUGACUCUGCAGUGACGAGCUCGUCGGGCCCGCCGUGGUGA